AUGGUCAAGAACAAGUCGAGUGAGCUUCCAGAUAGCCCCAGCGUCAUGUCUUACGAAGGCUCAAGAGAGCAAGAUAUCGCCAACAGUCGAAUUGCCGAACUAGAAGCCCUAGUGAGGAGAUUGACAGCUGGGAACUAUGCGUUACCAGUAUAUUCUGAACCUGCGGGCUUUCGAAGAUAUAAACGCGCAAACGGGGAGCUGGCGGAGAGAGCAACCAUGCUACCGGGAUGGGAAAACAUGUUGAAAGCUGCGGAGGAUUAUACUGAUCCAUUCUGUUCUUUCUUGACAAACAAUCCUACUGUUUGGCAUGCGGUGGAUUACUUUGAGAAGAAGCUACAUAAGGCUGGUUUCAAGAAGUAUACGGAACGAGAAACUUGGGAGCUUGAAGCGGGCGGCAAAUACUAUACCACGAGAAAUGGCAGCAGUUUAAUAGCGUUUACGGUUGGAAAGAACUACAAAAGCGGAAAUGGAGUUGCAAUGAUUGCCGGUCAUGUUGAUGCUUUGACAGCUCGUCUAAAGCCAGUAAGCACAAAGAAAACAACCGCUGGAUACAUUCAACUUGGUGUCGCUCCUUAUGCUGGUGCGCUUAACAGUACUUGGUGGGAUCGUGACUUGGGAGUCGCCGGUAGAGUACUUGUCAGAGAUGGACAAACUGGGAAUGUCAGCACCAGACUGGUGAAAUUAGACUGGCCGAUUGCUAGAAUACCAACUCUCGCACCCCACUUUGGCAUUGGUAUGGAAGGACAGAACAACAUGGAGACACAAACUGUGCCGAUUAUAGGCCUCGAAAACUCAGGGUCUCACAAUCAGGGACCACAAGAUGAAUGGGCGAAUGUAAUCCUAGGCGGGGAAGGUGCUUUCACAGCUACACAGCCACCAAAGCUUGUUCGAGCAAUCGCGGGAGCAUUGAACAUUCAAGAUUUUUCAUCCAUCGUUAAUUGGGAAUUAGAACUCUUCGACACGCAACCCGCCCAGACUGGCGGUUUAGACAAGGAAUUUAUCUUUGCUGGUAGAAUUGACGACAAACUUUGCUCUUGGGCAGCAUUAGAAGGAUUACUGGCUUCAGCCACCGUGACACCAGCGGAUGACGGUGUUGUGAAGCUAGUGGGUCUAUUUGACGACGAAGAGAUUGGAAGUUUACUCAGACAAGGAGCCCGCGGAAACUUCUUGCCAAGUGUGAUUGAACGGAUCUCGGAAUCAUUCUCCAGCAACGGAUCAAGCGCGAACAUUUUGAGCCAGACGUAUGCCAACUCAUUUCUCGUAUCGGCAGAUGUCACACAUGCAGUCCACCCCAACUUCUUAGGCUCAUAUCUCGAGGGACAUUCACCUAGGUUAAACGUUGGAUUGACAGUAGCAGCCGAUUCCAAUGGCCACAUGACAACCGACGCAGUUUCCACCGCCUUACUCGCACGCAUUGCGGAGAAAUCCGGCAACAAGCUACAGGUCUUCAUGAUCCGCAAUGAUUCUAGAAGCGGUGGCACGGUCGGUCCUAUGCUCAGCUCUGCUAUGGGUGUUCGUGCCAUCGAUGCCGGGUUACCUCAGCUUAGCAUGCAUUCUAUCCGCGCUACUACGGGAAGUCUGGACCCCGGACUUGGUGUACAUAUGUUUAAGGCGUUCUUGGAUAAGUUUGAGAGCGUGGAUAAGGAGUUUGAGUAG